CGCGAGGUGUGGGAGUCUCGCGGGUUCUCGCGAGAGCGGCGGCGGCGGCGGCGGCGGCGGGAUGGGAGCGCCGAGAUGCCCCGUCACUGCUCUGCUGCCGGCUGCUGCACCCGCGACACGCGGGAGACCCGUGACCGAGGCAUCUCCUUCCACCGGCUGCCCAAGAAGGACAACCCGCGGCGGGCACUGUGGCUGGAGAACAGCCAGCGGCGGAACGCGAGCGGGGAGGGCCGCUGGGACCCGGCCUCCAAGUACAUCUACUUCUGCUCCCAGCACUUUGAGAAGAGCUGCUUCGAGAUAGUCGGCUUCAGCGGCUACCACCGUCUCAAGGAAGGGGCCGUGCCCACUGUCUUCGAGUCGGCCCCCCCCAAACCCCCCCGGACCACCAAGCUGAAGCCCCCCACGCCCGAGGGAGACACCCCAAAGCCCCCUCGGGCCACCAGGAGGUGGAGGCAGGACCCCGCUCCUUCCCCACCGGACCCCCCCUUCACCGCCGACGUCUCCUGCUUCCCCCGGGAGAGCGAAGACCCCGGCGCCCCCCCCGCCGGUGACCAUGGGGGUGUCCCAGCCCUUCCCGGCCCCUCAGGUGCCCGCGGUCCCCUCCCGGACAGCCUUUUGGUGGCCACAGGGGACGAGGAAGCCACGGCUACCCCGGCUCUCCCUGAGGGUGACCCCCCGGCGCCCCCCCGCCCCGUUUCCCCCUCCCUUUACAUGCUGCGGCUGCCGCCGCCGGCGGGGGCGUACAUCCAGAGCGAGCACAGCUACCAGGUGGGCAGCGCCCUGCUCUGGAAGCGCCGCGCCGAGGCGGCCCUCGACGCCCUCGACAAAGCCCAGCGGCAGCUCCAGGCCUGCAAACGGCGGGAGCAACGGCUCCGGCUCCGCGUGGGCGAGCUGCAGCGGGAGCGCCGCGUCCCCCCCGAGGCUCGCCGACCCCCCAAGGAGCCCCCGCCGCGCGUGGUGGAGCUGCAGCUGCUGGGUGACGGCGGCGAGUGAAGGGCUUCCCGGCGGACGCCUGGCUCCUCUCCUCCUCUCCCCCGCCCCGGUGCCGCUGGGAAGGUUUGUAAAUAAAGAUUUCACCUUUUCUAUGAAAAACCAAAAGGGACGGCUCGCACCCGGGAGGAGGAGGAGGAGGAGCCAGGAGAGCAGCCCCAAGCUGGUUUUUGCUCGCUGAUCUGGCAGAAAACAACCGCGGGGUGAAACGAGCUCCUUUUUGUGUUGGUUAAACCGGCUCAGCGGGCGCUGGGGGGGGGGGCGGGAAGAAGCCGGUGCUGUCGGGGGGGGGUUCGGGGUGCAUCUUUGGGCCUGACAUGUACGGGGGAGCCCAGACUGCCUUCCCGAGCUGGCUUAGGUCCCUGCUGGCCAGAAAACUGGAUCAGGGAGAAAUAAAUCGGCUUUCUUCCAGAUCGGUGAGCUAAAGUGGCUCAGCGAGCCCUGGCUGGGAA